CGGAGGCUUUAAUUACUAGGAGCGUGUUCCUUCCACGCUGUCAAAGAAAAAGGCUGAAUCCCAUAUCGCUCCGACAUAGCAAAGACUGUAGAGGAAAUGACUACACGCACUAUGUAGUGAUCUUAUAUCGGGAUUAGGGAGCUAUUUGGGAUGGAGCGAAAGUAGGUUGUGUCGUUAGCGUCAGCACCGAAAUGCAUUGUGGGAGUGAGGGGUGGGGGGAAUCGCUUCUCCGAAUGAGAGAGCUACAAACAAGCCGCUAGGGACCGGACAAUCCGCUGAACAUGAGAAAUUACUGAUUAAAAUAUAACACGCUAUACGCUGAGCAUUUCCUAAUGCAUGAUUUCAUUAAUUCCGGGUUUGUUUUGGUCUGUCAGGCUCAGCUCGCGCAUGCUUUGCUUUAAACUAGUCUGCUGCUUCGUCCGAUAGCAAAGCUGUAAAUUGUGAAGGCUCAGUGACGUCCAGCAUGACAGACAGUAUCAUGAGCAAAGCGGCCACCAUGGAGAUCCCUAUCAACAGUAACGGGGACAGCAGGACUCUGGGCGAGGACGAUGGCCUUGAGCAGGCUCCAAAGGUACAGUGGGGCCUGAAUGAGAAGGUAGGGCGUCCCCCAGUCCAAAGGGAUUUGCAGCAGGUAAUGGUAUCCGGGCCCAACCUCAAUGAGACCAGCAUUGUAUCAGGUGGCUAUGGAGGUACAGCAGAAGGCAUCAUUCCUACUAGCUCUAUCAAAGACUUGCGAAUGAAGUGCAGGGGUGUUAGCAUUGGCCCGAGCCACUCUGCUGCCAGCCGGAUAGCCAACCAAUCAGACGACUUCCCCGGUAUCCCAGGAUCCAGCAUGCACCACAGCAACAGUUCGUCUGUGAUGGCAGAAGAGGCCGCGAGAGGCGUCGCAGUGGAGAAGUUUGACAUGAUGAAGAAAUGGAGCUUGAACACUUACAAGUGCACUAAACAGAUGAUCUCCGAGCGGUUUGGCCGUGGCUCGCGCACUGUAGAUCUGGAGCUGGAGGCUCAGAUUGAGGUUCUGCGAGACACCAAGCGCAAGUAUGAGAAUGUGCUGCACCUGGCCCGUGCACUCACUAAUCACUUUUACAGCAUGGUGCAGACACAGCAUGCACUCGGAGACACGUUUGCCGACCUCAGCCAGAAAUCCCCGGAACUGCGGGACGAAUUUGGCUACAAUGCAGAAACUCAAAAGUUAUUGUGUAAGAACGGAGAGACUCUGCUCGGCGCUAUCAACUUUUUCGUAUCCAGCAUCAACACACUCGUCAACAAGACCAUGGAGGACACGCUCAUGACCAUCAAGAUGUAUGAGAAUGCAAGGUUGGAGUUUGACGCUUACAGAGCCGAUCUAGAAGAGCUGAACAUGGGACCACGGGACGCCGUGACCAUGGCACGUAUCGAUGCAGCGCAGCAACAGUAUCAGAUCCACAAGGACAAAUACGAGCGACUGCGCAGUGACGUUUCCAUCAAGCUCAAGUUCUUGGAGGAAAACAAGGUGAAAGUGAUGCACAAACAGCUUCUCCUUUUCCACAACGCAAUCUCAGCCUACUUUGCUGGCAACCAGCAGCAGCUGGAACAGACCCUCAAGCAGUUCAACAUAAAGCUCAAACCCCCCGGAGCUGACAAGCCCUCCUGGUUAGAGGAGCAGUGAAGAGCUCCUAGAGUUCUCUGGCCUUCUGCAGGUUAUCCAGACAGAGCAGUCGAUUAAUGAGACGCAGCCUGGCCACUAUGGCAGCAGGGUAGCGAAAAGGCUUUACCAUCCUGUAGCGGUUUGUAGGAGCCUGGGGUCCAAACUGCCUUUUCCCCUCCAUACUUUUCUCCUCUUCUUCCUCAGCCUGUCUGUCUCUUUACUCCAAUUGUGUUUGAUCCUGAGAAUAAACACUACUUGUAUCUACUUUACCCUAAAAGCUGUUAAAGUUUUUGUUUUGAACAAAAGCUAAGUGAUAAGUGACCAAAUCUCCCAAGAAAUAUUGUGUCAAUCAGAACUAUAGUAGACCUUCAACUCUAUCUCUCGCUCUCUCUCUUGUAGUCAAGGCCCAUUAACUACAAAACAACUUUUUAUUUCACCCUCCACUAUUCUGCAAUUGGGUUCUGGACUUGUAGAAAUGACUGAAUAAACAUGGUCCUACUGUUUCAAAGAAUGAAUCACUAGUCAGGUUGUAAAUGUACUUUAUUUUUUUGUCUGAAUGUCCUGAGAAAUUUGUGACCUGGCAGAAAAUUUGUAUGAUGCAGAAGGGAAAAAAAAUCCUAGCUGUCUUUAUAAUUGAUCACUUGUGCAGUAAUGUUUUUUUUUUUUUUUACACGAUCCUGACUGAGUAUUGACUCAGCCGUGUGUCGGCUGGUGAAAGAGUCAUUUACAGCUAAUUGAGUCAUGUACAAUUUUGUCAUAUAUUAAGUAAUUAUUUUAGGUUAGAAAAGAACACUGAAGGUGUUUGUAAUCACUGUCGAUUUGCUCUUAACCAGUUUCCCUCUAAAUUAGACAAGUACGAAAUCUGUACUUCUGGGGUGUAACAGUAAACCAGUAUAACUGUAUAGUGUCACACGGGAACGCUGAUGUUAUAUGAUUCUAGUUUAAAAAUCACCAUUUUCAGGUAUUAUCAAAGGCAAAGCACGAUUCUCUUUAGUGCAUAUAAAUAUACAAACGAUCCAAAUAACUUGCUGUCAUUGAAGUGUCAUUUAAUUUCAUCUGCACUGAAGAAAUUAAUCCUGUGAGCAGAUACAGUCAUAUUGGCUUUUAUAGUUCAUUCCAUCUCCUUUUUUUUUUUUUUUUUAACAUUUUGUAAUGGGAGUUAAACUUUUGGUCUUUCUUCUAAACUCUCGCUCAAAUGAUUUGAGUCAUCAGGAGAGUUAACAAAGUUUAACUGGGAGCCCGAGAGGAAGGAAAACUCGAGUACAUUUUUAGACCUGGAUUAAGAAACCCUUAAUCUGAUUUUGUUAGAAUAUCACUUUGAGUGUUCGGCUGUGUUUAGAUCAUUCGCAGGGUCAUUCAUUCUCACCACUUUCACACUAAACUCCUAGGACACAUUGCCAGUCUGUGGGUGUGUUAUACAAGGCAGUUGUGAUACAAUAUUAUGCUACGUACUAAUUUAUGUGUUUUCAUUCAGUUGCUUUAAGUAAAAAAUGAUUAAUCAAGGACAUAAAGUGUAAUGUAGUCUAGAUUUAUUUUGCCGUUUGUUUUGAUUUGAGUUGCCAGUGAUUAACAUCAUUGUUAAGCUUUACAUAAUAAUCUGUACACUACAGUGUCUGUUAAGUUUUCAGUGGUUAUUCGUUUCUGUUUAAAAAUGAAGGUAACUUUGUGCUUGAAUUAUCCCACAUAUUAUUUCUCCACUUGUCUUAUUUAUGACCUAUCAAGAAGCACUCAUAUAAAGAUAUUUUGCCCUUUAUCUAAUAGUUGUAGGUUUCCAAAAAUGCGACUCUGUAAAACUAACAAGAUCUGAUACACAUUCUGGGGGAUUUUUUGGGUUUCCUUUUUUUAAUUUUAUUAUUAUUUUUUUAUAUAUAAUUUUCUAAAGUUCAUCAUCCCUGUUUAAGUCCAACAGCUUGAACUAUUUAUCUGGAUAUUUUAGUUUAAACACUGAGAUUCUCUCCGACUAUACAAGUUAAAGUAAAUGCAGGAAGAAAAAAAAAAACCUGGCCAAACUUUUGGGCACUACUUUGUGAGGUUGAGCCUUCAGAGAAGCAAUACUAAAGAUGUUUCUAAAAAAAAUAUAUAUAUUGUAUUUUGAUAUUGGCCUCGUGGAAUAUUGUGCAUGGCUUGUCCAAUAACCUCAGUUGUACCUUUCCAUUUAUUGUGGUACGUUCGUGUAUGAGAAGUGCUGCACACCAAUGAUAAUCUAAUAUAGGAGAACUUCUGUAGGAAUCCCAUGUUACCAGCAAAUGUGGAGUUGUUUUCUGAAGUUAAAGCUCCCUCUUUGCCUAGAAUUUCCUUACUUUUAUUUUUG